AUGGCAAAACCUAUACCAAAAGUUGGUUCACGUAGGAAUGGGCGCAGUGGUGCACGUAAAAGUACACGUAGAAUACCAAAAGGAGUUAUUCAUGUUCAAGCAAGUUUCAACAAUACCAUUGUUACUGUUACAGAUGUACGGGGUCGGGUAAUUUCUUGGUCCUCCGCCGGUACUUGUGGAUUCAAGGGUACAAGAAGAGGGACUCCUUUUGCUGCUCAAACCGCAGCAGGAAAUGCUAUUCGAGCGGUAGUAGACCAAGGUAUGCAACGAGCAGAAGUUAUGAUAAAGGGUCCUGGUCUCGGAAGAGAUGCAGCAUUACGAGCUAUUCGUAGAAGUGGUAUACUAUUAAGUUUCGUACGGGAUGUAACCCCUAUGCCACAUAAUGGCUGUCGACCCCCUAAAAAAAGACGUGUGUAG